CGUUACACAUUUCUAAGCCCCUAUUCGUGUGAGACCCCCAAACUCACUCGUCGCUGGCUGGAACCCAAGCAUCCCCAAUUGCGAACCCCCUCCCAUGGAUCAGGAAUCAUCCACCACGGCGUACUCUCCGCCUCCACCUCCACCAGGCGGUUGUCAAGUCCGUUGCGCCGGUUGUCACAACAUCCUCUCAGUCGGUCAAGGCGUCACUGAGUUUGUUUGCCCUAAUUGUCGCUUACCGCAAAUGCUACCACCGGAGCUUUUGCCUUUACCUAGCGCCCCCGCUCACGGCAUUGAUCCCACUAAGAUCCAGCUCCCCUGUGCACAUUGUAAGGCCAUUCUUAAUGUUCCGCACGGCCUCACCAGGUUCAAUUGUCCUCAGUGUAAUUUCGUGCUCUCCGUUGAUUUGUCCAAGAUUUCUCGCCCUCCUCCGUGGCAGCACCAGCAGUUUACGCCUCCUCCUCCGCUUCCUCCACCUCCUCCCGAAGAAGUUAAUGAGGUAGCUAUGGAGGUGGAGCGCGAAGAAGAUAGUGGUGGCGUCGUGGGUGAAACUUUUACGGACUAUCGUCCCCCCAAAUUGUCUAUUGGACCUCCUCACCCAGAUCCAGUUGUGGAAACAGCUUCCUUAUCUGCAGUGCAGCCACCUGAACCCACAUAUGAUCUUCGAAUCAAGGAUGACCUAGAAAGUUCAAAAGUAUUGUCUUGCUUGCAGAUCGAGACCAUUGUAUAUGCUUCCCAGAGACACCUUCAGCACCUUCCAGACGGUACCAGGGCAGGAUUUUUUGUUGGAGAUGGAGCCGGUGUUGGAAAAGGACGAACAAUUGCAGGACUGAUUUUGGAGAAUUGGCAGCAUGAGAGGAGGAAAACUUUGUGGAUUUCUGUUGGAUCAGACCUGAAAUUUGAUGCGCGGAGGGACUUGGAUGAUGUUGGUGCCAUGUUUAUUGAAGUGCAUGCUUUGAACAAGCUGUCCUAUUCUAAGCUUGAUUCGAAGUCUGUUGGGGUUAGAGAAGGAGUUGUUUUCUUGACUUACAGCAGCCUUAUAGCCUCCUCUGAAAAAGGUCGUUCUCGGAUGCAGCAGCUUGUGCAGUGGUGUGGACCAGAGUAUGAUGGCCUUAUAGUAUUUGAUGAGUGUCACAAGGCCAAAAAUUUAGUGCCUGAAGCUGGAAGUCAGCCAACACGCACUGGCGAAGCUGUUCUUGAGAUCCAGGCUAAGCUUCCUGAUGCUCGUGUUAUUUAUUGCUCAGCUACUGGUGCUUCAGAACCACGCAAUAUGGGCUAUAUGAUUAGACUUGGUCUGUGGGGAACUGGAACAUCUUUCCUGGACUUUCGCGAUUUUCUAGGGUCACUAGAAAGAGGCGGUGUUGGAGCUUUAGAACUAGUUGCCAUGGACAUGAAAGCAAGGGGAAUGUAUCUAUGUCGUACUUUGAGUUAUAAAGGGGCAGAAUUUGACGUGAUUGAAGUGCCGUUAGAGGACAAUAUGAUGGAUAUGUACAAAAGAGCGGCACAGUUUUGGACCAAGUUGAGGAUGGAGUUGCUCUCUGCAAGUGCUAUUCUUACUAGCGAGAAGCCGAACUCUAGUCAGUUAUGGCGGUUAUACUGGGCAAACCAUCAGCGUUUCUUCAGGCACAUGUGUAUGUCUGCAAAGGUUCCUGCUGUUGUAAGAAUUUGUAGUGAAGCAUUAGCAAAAGAUAAGUGUAUCGUCAUUGGCCUCCAAAGUACUGGUGAGGCCAGAACUGAAGAAGCUGUAACAAAAUAUGGUGCUGACCUUGAUGAUUUUAUUUCGGGACCUCGUGAGCUUUUGCUAAAAUUUGUUGAUGAAAAUUAUCCUUUGCCUGAAAAGCCUGAAUCUCUCUCAGGUGAUGAUGGGGUAAAAGAGUUGCAACGAAAGAGGCACUCGGCAACACCUGGUGUUUCAUACAGAGGAAGAGUUCGAAAAGCUGCCAGAUUGCAAGAUGAAAGUGACGUUGAAAGUGACUUGGAAAGUGAAUCUGAUUCUGAUCCGGACUGUGUGGAAUCAGAUGAUGAAUUUCAGAUCUGUGACAUUUGUAAUUCAGAAACGGAAAGAAAAAAGCUUCUUCAAUGUUCAUGUUGUAAGCAGCUCAUGCAUCCUGCAUGUUUGGUGCCACCUGUGGUAGGUGCAGUUCCUGCAGAUUGGUCAUGCCAUUCAUGCAAAGAAAAAACAGAAGAGUAUCUUCAAAAUAGACGUGUUUAUUUAGCACAACUACUAGAAUGGUAUGAAAAAGCUGAGGAGCGCAAGUCUCAAAUAUUGGAUGCCGUUCGUUCUCUGGAUCUUCCCAACAAUCCUUUGGACGACAUUAUUGAUCAGCUUGGAGGUCCUGAUAAGGUUGCAGAAAUUACAGGGAGGCGUCGCAUGCUUGUUAGGUCAUCUGAUGGAAAAGGUGUCACGUAUCAGGCGCGGAACACAAAGGAUGUGACGAUGGAGAUGGUCAAUAUGCAUGAGAAACAGUUGUUCAUGGAUGGUCAAAAACUAAUUGCUAUAAUUUCCGAGGCUGGAUCUGCUGGUGUAUCCUUGCAAGCAGAUAGAAGGGCAAUCAACCAGAAAAGGAGGGUGCACUUGACUUUAGAAUUACCUUGGAGUGCUGAUCGAGCAAUUCAGCAGUUUGGUAGAACUCAUCGAUCUAAUCAAGCUUCUGCACCGGAGUAUAGGUUACUUUUUAGUAAUCUUGGUGGUGAACGUAGAUUUGCUUCCAUUGUUGCUAAGAGACUGGAAUCCCUCGGGGCACUUACACAGGGCGACCGGCGAGCUGGACCAUCACUUAGUGCUUACAAUUAUGAUAGUGCUUAUGGGAAAAGGGCCCUGGUAAAAUUGUACAAAGGACUCUUGGAACAGGAAUCUUUACCAGUUGUACCGCCAGGAUGUUCCACUGAAAAGCCAGAUACGAUCCAAGAUUUUAUUGAAAAGGGAAAAGCUGCUCUUGUAUCUGUUGGAAUAAUCAGAGACGGAAUAGUCAAAGAGUCAGUUGUUGGUGACAAGGAACCUGUAAAGCUUUCUGGCCGUAUAGUUGAUUCAGACAUGCACGAUGUUGGACGUUUUCUUAACCGGUUGUUAGGCGUUCCACCUGACGUACAGAAUUUGCUAUUUGAGUUAUUUGUGAGCAUCCUUGAUCUUCUAGUUCAAAAUGCACGACUCGAAGGUCAUUUUGACUCUGGAAUAGCUGAUAUGAGAGCCAAUACCAUCGAACUAAAAGGAACUCCAAAGAAUGUUCACAUGGACCAUUUAUCUGGCGCAUCCACUGUACUAUUCACGUUCACGUUGGAUCGGGGGUUUACAUGGGAGGCUGCAUCAGUGUUGCUUGAUGAGAAGCGAAAGGAUUUGUCUGCUUCCUCUAGUAAUGGCUUCUAUGAAUCUAAGAGGGAAUGGUUGGGAAGAAGACACUAUCUCUUAGCAUAUGAAGGGUCUGCUGGAAUGUAUAAAAUUGUCCGUCCUGCUGUCGGGGAAGCCGUCAGGGAAAUGCCUCUAUCAGAGCUGAAGGACAAGUACAGGAAAUUAUCAUCUUUAGAAAAGGCCCGUACUUGCUGGCAGAAUGAGUAUAAUAUAUCAUCAAAACAGUGCAUGCAUGGUCCCAACUGUAAGCUUGGCGAUUACUGUACCACAGGAAGAAGAUUACAAGAAGUAAAUGUACUUGGUGGCUUAAUACUUCCUGUUUGGGGGAUCAUUGAGAAGGCCAUCACCAAGCAGGCUCGUGAAAGCCAUAGACGACUCCGUAUCGUACGUGUAGAGACUACUACAGAUAAUAAGAGAAUUGUUGGACUACUCAUCCCAAAUGCUGUUGUCAAUUCUAUACUUAAAGAUUUGGCAUGGGUUCAAGAUAUUGAUGAUUAACUUGAUAUAGAAAUAGAGUUCAUUUUAUCUGGAACAAAUAUGUGGUUCAAAGCUUUCAGUUGAUACAGCCACCUUACAGGCUUCUUUUUUCCGUCGACAGCCUUGUGCUUCUGAAGUAAGCUUCUCUACUCCAAGAGAUGCUACAGUUCUAUAGAGUUGUGCACUCUUAUACAAAUUGAUGAUUCAUUGAGUUCCAUUCUUAUACUAUAAUAUAUUUUUUAUUUGUAAAUGAUAAUUAGUGUCACCACAGGAAAUAGCAAUGUAGAAGCUUUUUAGCACAUAGUUCGGACUGAAAGAAGCUUUGUACUGGUAGCAAACCAUUCUGCUGAAAUACACUACUAAUCUUAUUUGCGAUUUGUGAAACUACAGCAAGAGUAUCAUUAUUGCCGAACCCACCCCCUACAAAGCACAUUGUUUUAUUCGUGUGCAGUAUAGUGUAGCUGGUGCAAGGGUAGCUUCUUUUGUAGUAGCUUUGUAAAUGUAGCUUUUAUCAGCAAUCUAGAACUGUUUUGUAAAUUCUGAAUAUUAUACUUGCUACAAUACAGAAUCUUGUAGUUAACAAAUAGAAUUAUUGGAAUCACUCCUGUAUAUCUAGAAUGUGGUGGUUGGUA